AUGAGAAAAGUGCUUUCUCUGCGAGCAGGGGCGGCCGCGGCCAUGCCGGAGUUCAACGUCCACCUGUCGCCGUCGGUUGACAAAUCAAGCCACGCUGAGCCUCCACCGGCGGAGGCGAGCUGCGACGCGGUCAAGUGCCCCUGGUGGCCGUACUCGAACGCCACUGACUUCAGGGCGAACACGGCCCUGAUCCUGGCGGUCCUCUUCUGCGCUCUGAUCUGCGCCCUCGCGCUCAACGCCGUCGUGCGGUACCUCGUGCAUCGGCACUGCUGCCGCCGCCGCCGGCGGGAGAAGGCGGAGGAGAGCGGCGGAGGGGAGGAGAAGGCGGCGGAGGUGCCGGCGGUGGUGUACGCGGAGGGGAUGGGGCUGGCGGGGGAGGAGAGGGAGUGCAUAAUCUGCCUGUCGGAGUUCGCCGCCGGCGAUAGGAUCAGGGUGCUGGAAAGGUGCAGCCACGGGUUCCACGUGCAGUGCAUCCAGCGGUGGCUGGCGGCGCGUGACUCGUGCCCCACCUGCAGAGCGGUGUGCUCCGACGAACUCAAAUCAUCGCCGCCGUGA